ACCAUGGUGCAUGAUGCUCCCAUAUCAUACAUGCAACUGCUCCUUGCUGCUGAACAAGAGGGGGCUAGAUACGGAUCCUCACAAUCGCAAGAAGAUCACCUAGUCCGUACUGAGAAUGAUAUGUACAUGAUAACUGGGCGAUAUGGGAGAUCAUCCGAAGAUACAGCCCGGCCUGAUGCUCGUUCUGCAGAUCAGUGUUUGUGUCAACUUGAUACACAACAUGAAGAAGAGGUGGAACCUUUUGUUGACAACCAUUUUACAGAAAGCUUGAAUGAUUUGAACUGGGACAGAGAUAUGGAGAUGGAUGGAGGAAACAAAAACUGCUUGAUAGAUUCAACUGAUAAUCCUUCUGACAGUGAUUCUGAGGAUGAUCUUCCUCCAACGUUGUUGCAAAGAAGCUCUGAUAUGACUGCUGUAACUGCUGGACAACAAGAAAAUAGUGGUGCAGCUGAUGAAGUUGAACAAUUGACACAUGAAGAUAUACUGAUUUUCCUUGAAAAUGACAGUAUAGUUGCUGCCCAGAGUUCUAGUCAGGAAGUGCGUAGCCAUCACGUACCCCUUGUGAACAUGGUCUUUGAUACGGAGGAUGCAGCUUACACCUUUUACAAUGAAUAUGCCUCAAUUGCUGGAUUUUCUGUGAAGAAGGCAGCCCGCUUUUGUGGCAAGAAACAAGGUGGCAGUGCAUCAACUCGGCUAACUUUCAAGUGCAAUCGGUCAGGAAAAGUAAUUGAUGAAGAAGAACAAGAGAAUAGGAGGAAGAAACGACGUGAGACAAGGCAACAGAAAACAGGACAAGAGCCCUAUCGGAACGCGAGGAAGAAAAAAGCAAACACCAUUGCAAUAACAGGGUGUAAAGCUCAGCUCAUUGUCGUGAAGAAGGAUGAGAAGUGGGUGAUAACAACCAUAAACCUAGAACACAACCAUGAUUUGAGUCCUCACACAGAAGUGAAAUACCUUCGUUCUCAUAAGCACAUGACGGAGGAGGAGAACUACCAACAAGAAAAAUAA